CCUGCUCCUUUGAUAAAUCCAGGUCCAGAAGAAAGCAGAGCGCAGAACGGAGAAACAAGACCCCGUCCGUCUGGCCACCGCGAGAACCGAUUCGGAACCGAACGGAGGAAAACCUCGUCCGUCCAUCCCUCCCCUCUUCUCGAUCGAGAGGGAUUGCAGAUUCGUUUGUGCCCGGCAUCGAAUUUGGGGAGAGGCUCCGGCACAUUGGCCGCGGGAUCGACGACGCGUUAGACAACCAUGGCGCUGCAAGAACAGCUGAAUAGAUUCAAGAAGCAGCAGGAGAAGUGUCAGUCCACUCUCAGCAGCAUCGCGUCUUCCAGAGCAGGAAGCGUGAGGACUCCGGUGAAGCCCAUGCCUGCAGCCCCUGCGCGGGCACCACUGCCCGCCGUCAAGUUCUCGGAUGAUACCGAAAGACUUAAAUAUAUCAAUGGUAUACGCAAAGCGCCUGUAGGGGCUCAGAUGAAGCGCGUCAUCGACAUCUUGUUUGAGACAAGGAUGGGACUUACACCAGAGCAGAUAAAUGAAGCAUGUUAUGUCGAUAUGCUUUCAAAUAAAGCUGUCUUUGACAGUUUGGCAAAUAACCCGAAGGUACACUAUGAUGGCCAGCGGUUUUCUUACAAGUCAAAGCAUGAUGUGAAGGACAAGAAUCAGCUACUGAAGUUGAUAAGAAGCUACACGGAGGGCAUUGCUGUCAUUGACCUUAAGGAUGCUUACCCAACAGUGAUGGACGACUUACUGGCCUUGAAAGCUGCUGGUCAAGUAUGGCUCCUAUCGAACUUCGACUCUCAGGAGGAUAUUGCCUACCCAAACGAUCCCAAAGUGCCCAUAAAAGUAGAUGACGAUCUGAAGCAACUCUUUCGGAGUAUCGAAUUACCGCGGGACAUGAUUGACAUCGAGAAGGAUCUUCAGAAGAAUGGCAUGAAACCAUCAACAAACACAACGCAGAGAAGGCUUGCGGCUCAAAUCCACGGGAUUUCGCAGAAGCCCAAGGUCAAGAAGAAGAAGCAUGAGAUCAGCAAGAGGACGAAGCUCACCAACUCUCAUCUUCCAGAACUCUUUAAGGAUGUCAGAGAUUCCUGAAGGACGGAGACGCAGAAGCUGUCCUCAAAAAACAAAUACCUGAGGAUUGCAUGGACGACGGUCUUUUUCCCCGUGUAUCUUUGAUUGUUGUACUCACCGCGUGCUUGUUUUGGAUCAUUGAUCUCGACCAUAAUCUGAAUCAUACAGUCGCAGAGUUCUUAAAGUCAGAUUCAUCCAA